GCCUGCCAAUGCAGUCGAGACGGAGGUGUUAGCCGUUAGCCGCUAGUUUAGCUGCUAACGAUAGCUGUAUUUAUCUUAACGCAUUUGUUAGCGAGUUAGCAGCUAAAAUACCAGGCUAAAUGCUAACUCCGUAGUCUUUUGUUACUUUUAAAUGCCUUUUUUGUACGUCUAACGAUUUAAUUUGAAUCUGUGAGCCUUGAAGAUACAACUAAAAUUACAACACGCUGGCAUUCUUUUGAUUUCAUACAGUUAGGUGAUGUAAACGAUUAAAAACCACCAGCAAAACGUAAAAACGUUUUCGUCCGUUUCACACCGGCGGCGCCGUUCGCAGUCUGCUAGCCCGUGUUUUGACAUCUGUGCCCGGACGCAGUUUACAGGCGCACCAGCAGUCGCUAUAUCGUCUCGUUAACGUGGAGAAACUCUUGUCAUUGGCCCCGUUUCCGUUCACCGUCUUAUCAUGAUACGUCCAAUCAAAAUUGUUAUCACAAGGCGCAAAGAACUGAAUAAAAAUCCUGUGGAAGGUUUCUCAGCCGGUUUGAUAGAUGAUAAUGACCUCUACAGAUGGGAAGUCCUAAUUAUCGGCCCCCCUGAUACACUUUAUGAGGGUGGUGUUUUUAAAGCCCAUCUUACGUUUCCCAAAGACUAUCCUCUCAGGCCUCCUAAAAUGAAGUUCAUAACAGAAAUAUGGCAUCCAAAUGUUGACAAAAAUGGUGAUGUUUGUAUUUCGAUAUUGCACGAGCCAGGGGAGGAUAAAUAUGGCUAUGAAAAACCAGAAGAGCGCUGGCUCCCCAUUCACACCGUAGAGACCAUCAUGAUUAGCGUCAUCUCAAUGCUUGCUGACCCCAAUGGAGAUUCCCCUGCCAAUGUUGAUGCAGCAAAAGAGUGGAGGGAAGACAGACAUGGUGAAUUCAAAAGAAAAGUAGCCCGCUGUGUAAGAAAGAGCCAAGAGACUGCCUUUGAGUGACAUUCAUCUAGCAGCUUGUAGCUUCACUAUUUUCAGGGUCUCCAGUUGAGAAACAACAUGGCACUGUUUUCUUGCACUCUACCACCCUAUUGCUGGACUGGUUUUCAUUGAAUGUUGGCAGUAAUAGACUGGCAUGAAUAGGCUGCAAAAGAACAUAAGGCCAUCACAGAUGCUGACAGAACAUGCCAAGCAAGUGCCAACAAAAAAAGAGAAAACAACCUAAACAAUUGUUUUUUUGUUGUUGUUUUUUUCCAAGUCUAUGAACUGAUACAACUUUUCAGGAAGAUAUUGUAAAGAUGUGUACAUAGCGCAGACAUAAAACCCGGAUAAUAUAUAAUAACUUGUUCCAAUCCAUCCAGCAAGACUUGGUACCAAAUACAAUAGCAAUUCUGUAGUUCCUUGAAGACUAUAGUUCAUCUCCCACCCUCCCCCUCUGGCUGCCGCACACCUUGUGUGCAUCAGAUCUGUUACAGGUGCAAGUGGCCUCACGUAUCCACUUGUCAGUUUGAACAAAAGUCUGCUUUGGCAUUACUCACUCAAACUCGAUCCAGUUUUAGGGUGCAGAAGGCAGGGGUAAGCUAUCGAUAGAAUUCAAAGCAUGCUCGUCAUGAUGGAAGGCUUUCUCAAUCGGGACACUUCAGGUAAAAUAGCUGUAUAGCACGGUCAUUUUCUUAUUGAUUAUGGGUCAUGAAGGUAUUUCCCUGAUUUAGUUUUAAAUGGGGUGGGAGGGGGGAGGGGAGUGCUCUUAUUGCGGCUAAAAGGAUGACUGCAUUCUGAGUGUCAGGUUCUCAUCUUUUCUCUUUUGUCAUCCAUUUGAGGCAGGGAGGCAAUGGCAAGGAAACCCAUCAGAUGUGAUUUUUCUUUUUACUGCAUGUUUUAAGUUCUCUCUUGUUUUCAAAAGUGCCUCCAGUUUAAAUCGCUUGGCUUGUUUUGUGCCCUGCAUCAAACAUGGAGCUAAAGGGAGGAACAUGUUUAAGAACUGCUCCGCAUCCUCAAUCUUGUGUGAAUGUGAGGUUGUUUUCAUAUCCCUUGUACCAGCAUUCUGAAUUAUUUUGAUGCAAUAACUCCACUUUGCCCACAUUAUGUGUGGACAUCUUAAAAUUGGAAAUUGGUAUAUGAUUUCUAGUAAAGAUCCUCCUUUGUUUUUGUUUUUUUGAGGGGGGCUUGACACCUCUUUUGUGUGGUUUCUUUGAUUAGGUUUUUUUUUAGCCAUGCUUUAAAUGUAGAUAUCUUGCAAACAGUUUCUGGGAUUUCAGAUGAGGUGUGCGAGUGCGUAUGUUUAAGACUGAUUGAGCAGAGGUGUUUGUGUGUGUGUGUGUGCGCGCGCGCACAUGCAUGCCUGUAUCCAACUCUCUCUCCUCCCACAAUCUUUAAUUCUCUGGUUAAUUUUAUUCUGGCUCUGACAGACAACUGCUGUUCUUUUGCCUAAUGUACAAAGACAAAAUACUGAUGUAUAUUUUUCAUGUUAUGGAAAUUGUCACCUCUAGGGAGUUCUUCUAAAAUAUAAAUUUUUUCCAAUA